AUGGAUAAUGUGCUUCCAUGCAAUGUUGAGGAUAGAUUACAAGAACUAUUACUUGAUGAUGAAGAAACAAACAUAGGCAACGAUGAGCUACCUGUCACGUUCAAAGAUGUACAACCCGGUGGGAAAUAUGUUCAAAAAUGCUGUGCCUUUGCACAGAAGGUUGCAAUAAUCAUUCCUUACGGAGACAGAAAAGAACAGUUAGACACUGUUGUUAGACAUCUGCACAGAUUACUUCAAAGCCAACAUUUAUGUUACGGCAUAUAUGUGUCAGAGCUUGCAUACCCUACAGUGUUUAACAAGGGACUUCUUAUGAAUGUGGCUUAUCUUACUGCAAGAGAUGAAGGACACUACGACUGUUAUAUAUUCCACGAUGUUGAUCUGAUUUCACAAAAGGAACGACAUCUCUACAUAUGUGGUGAAAAGCCGAACCAUAUGUCGUCAUUUAAUACAAAGUUCGGUGGUUUGCCUUAUAUUAAGUACAUCGGAGGUGUCUUGGCAUUAAAUGACACUCACGUCCGUGUUGUUAAUGGGUUUUCUAAUUUACUGUUUGGCUGGGGAGGUGAGGACGAUGUAAUGGAAAUGAGGAUAGCGGACAAGCAUCUUGGGCUAACAAGGGUCAGUGCUGAUAUAGGUCGUUAUAAAGCUUUGCCACACGACAGAGACAAGGGAAACCCCGUUAAUAACGACCGUUAUAAAAUGUAUAGAACACUUCGAAAACAUACCGAUCAGGAUGGGUUAACAAGUUUAGCUGGCUUGUAUGAACUACUCAAGGUUGAAAGGCGACCCCUGUACACUUGGAUAUAUAUCAAAUGUAACAAAACAGAAGUCUUGCAGAAGAAUAAAAACAUAGUGUUUGGCUGA